AUGUCUAAUAGGAAUCGUACAGAAGUGACUGAAUUUAUUCUCCUGGGGCUGAAGGUUCAAGCAGAGCUGCGUCCUCUCCUCUUUGUAAUGUUUCUCAUCAUCUACCUCAUCACUGUGGUGGGGAAUGUCGGCAUGAUUGUUCUCAUUCGAAUCACUCCCAGACUGCACAAUCCCAUGUACUUUUUCCUCAGCCACCUCUCCUUUGUGGAUUUAUGCUAUGCCACCAAUAUCUCCCCUCAGAUGCUGGUGCAUUUCUUAUCAGAGAAAAAGACUGUUUCCUCUGUCGGUUGUUUCAUUCAAUUUACUAUUUUUGUCUUACUGGCCAUCACCGAAUACUAUCUGCUAACAAUCAUGGCUUACGACCGCUACGUGGCAAUUUGCAGCCCGCUGCUUUACGGCAGCAAAAUGUCUAGGGGAGUCUGCAUCAGUCUGGUGAUGGCUCUCUAUGUCUAUGGUUUCCUUAAUGGCUUGAUCCAGACGGUGCUGAUGCUACGUUUGUCAUUUUGCGGUUCUAAUGAAGUCAAUCACUUCUACUGUACCGAUCCUCCUCUCCUACUCCUGUCUUGCUCUGACACCUUCGUCAAAGAAACUGCCAUGUUUGUGGUUGCUGGUUUCAACCUCAUCUGCUCUCUCUUGAUCAUUCUCAUCUCCUAUGGUUUCAUCUUUGCUGCCAUCCUGAGGAUCUGUUCGGCUGAGGGGAGACUCAAAGCCUUCUCCACCUGUGGCUCCCACCUGACUGCUGUCACCAUAUUUUAUGGGACUCUUCUCUGCAUGCAUCUAACACCUCCCAAUGAACGGUCGGUUGAACAGGGGAAAAUCAUUGCUCUCUUUUAUACCUUUGUGUGCCCAAUGUUGAACUCUUUCAUAUACAUCAUGAGGAAUAAUGAUGUGAAGGACGCCAUGAACAGUGUUCUCAAAUUUCAGUUGUUGACCAAAUAA